AUGUCAACUUGUAGUUAUUCAUGGCUAAUGGCUGAAAUGUAAAAUAUUUAGCGACGUAUUGCGUAGGUAUUCAGAGGAUGUAAUCGUGCAGAUCUCCUGCGUAUAUUUGGUUUCGAGAAGAAUCACAUCAAUUUGGAAGGACCCAUAAUCUAACCUCACACAUAAAAUAAGCGGUGAUGACAAUGACUUUUACCACACCGUUUCCGAGACUCAGAGAACCGCGUGAGAGAAGGAAAAAGCUACUAACUCCAAUGACGGACUAUACAGCGUCUGUCUAAGCAACUGCAACAAUGACAAGAAGCAACAAAGGACGCCUAAGGAAAGCAUAGCGGAUGCUUGCUCUUCAAAUAAAUAGAGUAUUUCAAACCACCUUGAUUCUUGCCGCCAUAAUCGUGAGUUUAUCGGAACUAUGAAGCAUCAUCGUUAAGAAGUUGUAAGAAGUACCUAAAGCUCGGACACGUAUCCGAGAGAAAGUUAUUACAUAUAAAUUUUUAGCAGUUAAAGUGGGAAAGCAAAACGAUGGUCACUGCCUAGAUUAGGAGGUUAAAAUUAAAAUCAAGAGUGGCAUAGAAGGAGCUUCUAAAAAGUGAAUUAUGACCUAACUUAGGUCCUCAUUAGCUACUGAUUUUUUCGAACGUAUAUCCAUAGAGUGGAAAAAAGAACAAGUGACUUGUGCAUCGUAUACAAAAGUGGCUUGUGCAACGGUAUACUCAUUAUGAUUUAUACACUGUACAUUUUCUCAGAGGAAAAGGGCAGAAACUGCAAGAGAAAUAGGGCACACAUUUAUAGUCCACGCCAUGAUAAACUGGAUGCUUCAGGGCAAAGGACAUCGGGCUGCAAUAUCCGACGACAUGAUGAAGGUUACGCACACACUCAAAGAAAAAACAACAGGAGUGAACAAGACGUUGACAGAAAGCAGAACUGCUACAAGACCUGCAUUGAAUACCAAAGAGGAUUCUCCAGAAGUCGCAGGGUACGAAAGAGAAUUACUGGUCGAGGAUUAAUGGCAAAGGAAUGUGCGAAUAUAGUGUGAACUGCUUUAGGUGAAACUGGUUACUAAAGUAUCCCAAAACUCUACCGUGGCAAAUAUUGAGAUGUGAGCUUGGUAUCCAUGUGCAAGAUUUACAUAUCAACCUUCUAAAAAACGUGCUCGGAGACAGUGCGCGAUAUGCAUACAGUAUGUGAGAAUGCUAUAGACUACCAUUCGUUACAACUGCCGAUCACCGAAUCACUGGGGUAUGCGUUUCCGGCAGGGACGUUGCGACAUUGUUGUACUCGAAAGUUGUGGACCACUUGUCACAUACAUUAUCAAGCCGAGGUGGGAUGAGAACUUAUGCGCGAAACGGGACAAUCUUUAUGCAUUGCUCGUUAGUUGAAGCCGAUUUUCUUAUGGCAAACCGGCCACACGUUAUACCGGAAUGUCCUAAGGAGCUUAAUGUACGGCGGGUAUCUCCUCAGUGCGCCUCGGAUCGAUCUACAUUUCAACCUGAUCGACGAGUCAAUAUCCGGCGAAUACUCCCUCAAAUCUAUGGUUUGACUCAAAUGCUAAGGAUUACACUGCAUGAUCCGCCGGAACUACCACAAGCGGGGAUCUGUGCAAGCCUGGCAGCUGCCCUUGAUCAAGUUGGCAGGGUAAAAGAGGUGGUAUCGGUUGCCUCGGAUAGUAACACAUACAUUGUGACGUUUCACGAUUACGACUCGGUAGACGUAUUUAUCCUAUUAUGCAUUUCGCAGCGUGACAAUGGCGUUCCUCUACCGAUCAGCGCCUUACCGGAUGCACCUCCGCGUUCAUCAUCGAAACUGGUAUACGAUUGCCGGCCUUCGACAACGGCAUUGUCGCAUCUUCUUCGCGUUGGUCCACCAAACCUCUCAGCAGCAGGGCUCACGUUGGUAUCGGCUAGUGACGACAAAGAGACGAAACCAUUGUCGGACAGAGCUACGUCUGCAGGUGGUUUCAGCAUUCAGACCGAGCGUUCGAUAUCGAUUUCGCGUGCAAACCAUAGAGAAGAGACUAUAUCACAUACAACAACAAACGACCGGGUUUCGACACGCUCGCCUAUGGCUACGUCCUCUUCAGCCAAUCAUGAUAGCACGAGUAUUACAACAUCCGCUCGGGCACACUGUCCCAGAGGUUUACGGAACAACGAAUCGGAGGUCAAACUGACGAAAGAACUAAAAAGAAAAGUUUAUUCGCCUCCAUCUUGUAAGCGAAUCAAGACUGAUAUUAAACCGCCCUCUCCAAUCCGGCAGCCGUUUAUGCAGGAUGUAGCUCAGCAAGUACCAGCUUCACGUGGAAGUCAACGACAACAACAUUGGGAACUUCACAAAUACGUCGGAGGACAGCGAUCUAAAGAGAGUAUUGAUCUUUGCUCACUCGGAUUUCCUAUUGCGAUUGGUCGCGAUCCUGUACGGGCGAAAAUUCAGGUUGGAGGACCUAGUAUGCAGCAUGUGAGUCGUCUCCAUGUCGAACUACAUGAAAAUAAGGCUUUCGGUGAGUCUGCUAAUUCAUUGCGGCUCGAUUGCCACUCAGCUAAUGGUACUGUAGUUGAUGGAAUUUACGUGAAGAAAGGUGACUGGGCUGAGAUACGUGAGGGUUCUUCAUUUAUCCUCGGUGACGUCUCUUACCUGAAAGGUUCUGAUGCUCCAAAUCAAGAACUUCGGUUUACCCUACAUCGAGCGUCUGACCAAGACGCCAGCAAGGAAAACUGUAGCAGUUCCGUACAUCGGAAUACAACUAUGCAAUGUAUGUUUAUCGAAAGUAAAAGGAAUUUCGAACUACAAAAAGACCACGCCAUCACAAUAUCUGACUCAGAAGAGGAGAAAGAUGUAAAAUCCGAUAUUCAGCCGUCUCUAAUGCUUCGGAACCCUGCGGCUAAUCACAGUAGAUCAGACGAUAUGUUUAAUGAAAUAAUAGUUUUAUCGGAUGACGACGACAACCCAGACGAGAUCUCGGAAAAUAAUCAAUUUCAGCAAUUGGUAAUGAAAUUCAAGGACGAACCGAUCGACGACGAGGAGUUGCCUUUUAGUCCUUCAGCUAAUAAAGCCACAGCCAAUACAAAUGUCAUUGUCUGUACCGAAAGACCGCUUACAGCUAAAGUAUCCCAUGGUCUUAUAUCAAAUCAAGUGAGCAACGCGCAGAGCAGCGAAAAUCGUCCAAGUGGAGGAACAGGUAGCCCAGCCGUUGCGUCACCUACAGUUCAAGAAACUAUUGUCCCUAUUCUAAGUGUUCCUAAUCCUACUGUUACGCACUUCAGCCAUCCUAGUUUAGGAAAACCUGCUUGUGAUCUAUUCAAAUUGAAUGUGACGACAUCGGAACGACUACAGCCCAUUUGCAGUGGAACACCGUCCCCCAGCGAUUCCUCUACGAGGCCCAUAGAGCGCGAGAGUAACCAACUACGCUCGCGUCGAGCGUCGAGUCCUUCAGUUGGGCACCCACGGUCAUUACCUCAGAUUCGUAUAGGCUUUGACGCCUUUCGUCGAUGUCUGCUUGAUUUGCGGCUCGGUAUCGGCGAUUUACCACAGCCGUGUCUGGUAAAAUUUACUAAUUACGUAAAAUAUAGCGGAAUUCCUAAAAAUAUCACCGAAUUGACGCGACUUCUCUUUUCCUGUUUCUGCCUCGAGGCUUCUGCAAGGGUAGAGAUCGCGCUAUGCCGAAGGGACCGUCGAAGGAGUCAGCCGCAACCACAGAUGAAAGAUGAAUUGUCAGUAAUAUCGUCACUUAUCUCACAAAAGCAGGUGGCCGACGGGGUUCUCAGAGUAAGAUUGAUUGCUGCUUGUGACAACGGCGCUGGACGGCCGUUAGAGAGUGUAUCAGUGGUAUUGCUGCACGUGGUGUGUGUACGGCGCGGUGGGAAGCAGUUACGAUCACGUAGUUUGCUCGGCCUCGUAUACAGCAGCGAACGUAAAGACCGACGGGACAGGAGUGGGACCGUUGCUGUGCCUGAUGUGUUAGCAAAAAGUGAACAAAAAUUGGAUGUUGUCGAUGACGUCCUAAUUGAUUUGAACGCCCACGAACUUGACGGACUUCAAUUACAGAUUGAUCAACUGUUACAAAUAGAACGUUUGUGCGAGGUGAAUGAGCUUAAGAAAGUCGUCUCAAUGCGACAGAUGCCAUCGUCGCACAGUAUGUUUCUACUCGGUCCUCCGUAUUCCUCAUCCGCAUGUCCGAUUUGGAGUCCCCAAGAUGCUUCAGCGGCCCAGACGUCACAGUCAGACACGAUGCAGCGCGUUAUGACCCGAAUCGCACGUACUCCAAAGCUAAGUUCAGAAGAGAGCAUUGUAGUAUGUGCUGCUCUGGCUCAAAUACUUGAUCAUCCGACGGAAGACUGCGAAGGCAUACUUACGCCUACUACAAUGCUGGUUCACGGUGCGGCGGGAAGUGGCAAGACAGCGACCUUACUCGAAGUAGCACUCCAGGCUGUGUUAGCAAAACCGCAAGAGACUGUGCUGGUCUUCUGCAAGUGGCCUCAAGCCGCUGACCAGGUGGCGCUUAAGUUACACGGCCUAAUAGAAUCUCGCGGUUACGGAGAUCGCAUUCGCGUGACACGCACUGGCCGAUCCCGUCAUCCAGCUGUUGCAUCAAUCACACUCAGCGAGCGCGCGAAGCAAGCACAUGCCAUAGAGCAUGAAGGCUCCUUGAAUAAGCUAAAGUUCUCUAUUGGGGAAACGAAAAAAGUCAUUCAAGGACUUCGGCAUAGUCUUGAAGAUCAGUUAACCGAGCUGCCUUUAGCCGUUAAAAGAAAGAAAUUGCAAGAAAUCGCGCAGUUUGAGGAGGUUUUGCUUAGCGAACAGGAGCAACUUGCCCGGGAAGAAAAGCGACUCUAUCAGGAUGAAUUGAUACGUGAGUCAUUUGCAGGUCGGCGUCGUCGUAUUCUCGAGUCUUCCAAUAUUCUAGUGUGCGGCUACAUUGACGUAGAAACAUCGAUUAUCGGAUACGCGUUCGAACGCACUCACGGCAAACGGAUUUCUCUUAUAUUGGUGGAUCAAGCGCAAGAGAUCUCUAUAGGCGACCUCGUUCCUGUAAUGCAGUUACCUGUUAACCGCUUAGUGUUUUUCGGAGAUCGAAAUCAAAGUAGGUUUUGGAGGCCGAAGCAUACGAUUGUCCGAAACACGGAUCUUUUCAGACAAUCUGCUUUUGAAAGGAUGAUCGCUGCGUGUCCUCAAAAAGCCUUCUAUUUAAAAACUCAGUGGCGCCUACCGAGCCCGCUAGACGGGAUCGUCAACGUUAUGUUUUAUGGAGGUCGGCUACGGUCAAUGCGUGACAAAACUGCUGUGGCGCCGAAUCGGGAUCGGUUGGACUGCGCAAUUAAGUUAGCCGCUCUUACUAUGAUCAACGUAAGCACUGCCGAGCUUCUACCUUCUAGGGAUCUUCCUCGCGCCCCGAUUCAGAUGAUUUGCAACGUUGUCGAAGCGCUAGCUCCCCAUUCUAGCCGAAUUCAUAUCGUGUUAUCGUUCGCCAGUAACCAUAUUCCGGUAUCCCUCCUUCCACCAAACUUAGCCUCACGCUGUGAGGCCCAGUUUAUUGGGCCCGACCUUUUGACGCAUGUCGCUGACCCGAAUGUCGUGGUGCUUCCUUUAUUUAACCUGCCUUUUGUCGACGAACUCUCUCGCCGCGAUCCGCCUUUGCUGUGUUCCAUCGUGACUCGUCCUAACACAUCCCUUAUAAUCGUUGGACACCUGACAGCUGCAGGUAAAACAGCCGAGAGAAUCGAGGAAUUGGUCCAACGAGCAAAAAGAGCCAAUCGUUACAUCAACGAAAAGCCUGCUUGGCUAACAAAAAUUACGCCCCGUAAUUUGUCACAAUACCUAAUGGAGUAAUUAGCAGUCGGCAAUUUUAUUACCUAGACUGAUAAUGUUUGCACGUAUCGUAAAUGAGCUCAGUACACAAUGAAAUGUCGUAGGGUAAAAACAAUUAGAAGGUGAACUGAUUCAAUAUUGAAUCCCUGAGGAUUUCUGAUGUGAUUUUGGUUAUGGAAGGAGGUAUGGAGGCGAGAAUUGAUUAGACAAUUUUGAGGCAUCCGCCCGAGCGGGUGGAGCUAAUUAAAAUCAGCUGUAAAUUGUUUGCUUUAGCGAUUUGCUGGGGGCAAGCGAAAUUUUGUUAAUAUAUAAAAACACUCAGCAAAUUAACGCACCGGAAGAUCGCCCAUUUUUUCUUAUUUAUUCAGCGGCGACGCAAGACAUAAGCUAAGAAAAAACCUAUAAUGCUCAAACUAGCUUCUCUUGCUCAUAUCCUUAUUGGAUUAUCUUCUAAUUUUUUUUUCGACCACGAUAACAAACACUAUUAUCUGGUGUAAUUUUUAUACGUGGCUACUCUCUCUAGAUUUUUGACGCGAACUGCAAUGUCCACAAACAUUAUUGACUGCAGUGGGGUGGAUCGCUUAAAGUUAGUCACAAUGAGCAGCUGGUUAAUGAUUGGCCUAUACAUGGAUGGAAAGGAAUACGCUUGCGUUUCGAAACAAUUUUAAUAGAUAUGUAUUUAUUAUACAUUCCUGAAGAAGUACUCACAAUGUAACAUUUGUAUAUAACGGGCUCGCUCUAAAUAUAACUAUAUUUAAAAGCUCCCUAUAGCAACCAAUGUUUACUGUUACAAAUAUAUUACAGCUUAAUUUAUAUGGAAUAUAGGUGGACAUUACGUUAAUGUGAAUAAACCUAUUCGUUCAAAAUAGUAAAGAGUAUUAUUUCAGCAUACUUAAAAGCAGCCAUUGAUGACUAUGAUUUAACGAUGUGUCAAGAAGUUAACCAUUUUACUGUGGAUUACUGUUCAAGUGCGCAUUUUUUGCAAUGCCAUAUUCAACUAUUAUUACCUUCUUUGGUUGUGGUAAGCAUUGUAUAGCGCUUUUUCAAUAUGUGUAUCAUAACUCAAAGUUAUCGUUGGAAACGUUUAUAAAGCAUUUCGGAAGAUUAAAAGUUUAAGCUGGGGGGCAAGGCCUGCUAUAAAGUGCUCCCAUAUUUUUAUAGAAACGAGAGGGGUGAACUUAAAAAACCAGGACCUAUUCUUGUAAACAACCGAGCGAAUUAACCCGUAUACACUAAAAGAACUAAUCGCUUGGCGGGUUUGACUAAUUGUUACAUGAAUCACUUUCGAAAAACAAAUUGUCUGUUUAGUUGCAGCUGUGAUCUGCCUAAGCUCAAGUUUACAACAAUUUCACCUAAUCGAUAACCAAGGUUUCUCAUAGGAGAAGUUGACCUUGAUUUGCAAGUAGGCGAGAGAAACUUGUGGGAAAGGAUAACUGAGCUCAUUAAUGACGUUAUAUGAAAUUCCUAGAGUUGUUUGGCGAACUAUUUCACUUGCGCAACGGCUCCGUUGAUUGUGCGUAAGCUUUUGUGCGUCAACUGUAGGUGGUGAAAUGUGUUUAAGCUUAGACAGCACGGUGUGGAACAUAUUUAUUAUUGGUAAGUUCAGAUCUGCUACGCUACUCGAAUAAAAGGAAAGCCUUCAAAGGCAAAAGCGAAGAAUAAAUAAAAAUAGCUGUCGACGGACUGAGUGUACGUUUUUUUAGUACAGUUUACUAAUAAAACGAUUGAGUUUCAAUAGAAAUUUUAUUAUACAGAAUAACAUCGGAUUUUAGAUUACAGAUACUGUUUUAAUAUCCAUUAUGACGAUGUGCCUGCUUGUAGCUUUGUUUAAUUUUGAUUAAAGAGAAUCGUAAAAUCGUUUUUUUUAUCAUUUAAAAUGUAACCAAUCAAGAAUACGUUUUUACCUCUCACAUCUUACAUAAUAUAUCAUAUUUUGUUAAUGUUUAAUCGAUGGUCCACUAGACUUUAGAUUUAGCUUCUAGCAAAUUCAAAUUAAAACUCUCUAAUUUUUGAAGUUUUAAAAAUCUGCCUUCUUACAGAAAAGAACAGUACACUCUUGUCUAUAUAAUGGGUAAUACUGAGAAAUAAAUCAUGUUUGCUUCAACCUGAAGCAAAUUCUAGUGGUCACCCCCUGCCUGAUCGUUUAUAAAUAAGAUCGAACAGAGUACUUAUAUUUUCGUUCCAUAUUACCAUGAUUAGAGCAGUGAAAUGCUCGAGAAAUUCAGUACAUUUUUAAAUAAAUUAGUGAUAACUUUAUCCAUCAUAGAAUCAUGUAAGUAGGUGUAGAUUCAUUCGUAGAACCUGGCUUAAAUUCUAUAGCAUUUCUCCACUUUAGCAUAUAUCAAGGUAAUUGGUCUUCUCUCUGAUAACAAAUAAUAAAUGUUAAACAAUUCAUGGACCGGUUCGUGGACUUACUUUAUAGGUUGUGUAUGUCUUAGGAAAAAUAAUUCGUGCGUCUGUAACUUCUCCUACCUCACGAAAACGUCUUAAAGCUGCUACGACUUAUUGUUUCAUGAAAAGUCUAUGUAUUCAAAACGUUAGUCAUUAAUAAUCUGACAAUUUCUUUAAUUGUCAGAUUAUUAAUGACUAACUUAAUUUAUAAUUAAUAAUUAUAUAUCUAAAUAAUAAUUAUAUACUAAUUAAUAAUUAUUAAUCCAUAUAAAAGUUCUGCUAGCGUACAUAAGGUAGGUGAAUAAAAAACAUUGCAUAAAACUUUUUUGACCCCUAAAUGUGUGAUUUUGCUCUAGUUUGGAGAUCUAGUCUAUGCAAAUAAGUGGUUUUGUUGUGUUUUAAUCGUGGGGUAUUUUUCGAUAGGAAGUUAAUGGGGCUGCUUCAUUUCUUCCGUCCGUACACGAAUUCUACGCUAAAGCAGAGCGCGUUGUAUAUAAAUACUUCUGCAGACCCGGCGAUGCAGCACACACUUGGUAAACAUUCCUGUCCAUAUACAGUAUCACGAACUGAAAAUAACGACAUUCGAGAAACGAUUCUUGUUUCGUUGAAUAAUUCUAUAAUUUAAUAUUAUGAAGGGUCAUCAAAGAUCUUCACUAAGUGACGUAUAAGCUCGAUAAUAAAGAAAUUAUUCAACGAUCACAGUAAUUCUGAUACUG